AUGGAGAGGAGUCGGCAGUGGUCCACCAGGUGGAAAACGAAAGGGCGGUUCUGGGAGUCGGCUUUCCCCGCUCUUCUCGUCUCGGCGGUGCUUCUGCUCCAAGCUGCGGAUGUCCGAGGAGCUGAACCAGUUGAUGUACUGAAAGCACUAGAAUUUCACAAAUCUCCAGAAGGAAUAUCAAAAACAUCAGGAAUUUGCAUAAACAGAAAGAAUUCCAAAGGAUCAGAUGUUGCCUACAGAGUUUCAAAAAAUGCACAGCUCAGUGCCCCCACUAAGCAAUUGUACCCAGGUGGAAAAUUCCCCGAAGACUUUUCAGUUCUAUUUACAAUAAAACCUAAAAAGGGAGUCCAGUCCUUUCUUUUAUCGAUCUACAAUGAACACGGCAUUCAACAGGUUGGCAUUGAGGUGGGCAGGUCGCCUAUCUUCUUGUUUGAAGAUCAAAAUGGAAAGCCUGCCCCAGAAGAUUAUCCCAUAUUUGGUACGGUCAAUAUUGCUGAUGGAAAGUGGCAUCGGGUGGCCAUCAGUGUGGAGGGGGAAUCAGUGACGAUGAUUGUGGACUGUAAGAAGAAAACCACCAAGCCACUCAAGAGGAGCAGCCCGGCGGUCAUUGACACCAAUGGCAUCGCUGUCUUUGGAACACGAAUUCUGGAUGAGGAGGUGUUUGAGGGUGAUAUCCAGCAGAUGCUGAUUGUUGGUGAUCCCAGAGCAGCCUAUGAUUACUGUGAGCACUACAGCCCAGACUGUGAUUCACCAGCGCCCAAUGCUCCUCAGGCUCAAGAACCUCAAGUGGAGGAAUAUGCAACCGAAGAUUUAAUCGAAUAUGACUAUGAGUAUGGGGAUCCAGAUUAUAAAGAUUAUAAAGAUUAUAAAGACCUUGAAACUGUAACAGAGGGACCCCCACUGUACGACGAGACGGUAGCAUACACUGAGGCCAACGUUGUCGAUGAAUAUCAUGAGUAUAAUGUGGCCGAAGUUGACUAUGGAACUGAAUCUUACCAGACUGCGAUUCCUACUCAAACAACUGGACGAAAUGAGCCUAUUCCUGUUGAAGAAGUGUUCACCGAAGAAUACGUAACGGGAGAGGAUUAUAAUUCAAAGACUAAAAAUAAUGAGGAAACAGAUUAUGGAAACAGAGGAGUAGACCACAGCGAAGCUGAAGUUGUGGUAGAUGGAGAUUUAGGCGAAUAUGAUUUUUAUGAAUAUAAAGAAUAUGAAGAGAAACCAACCAGUCCUACUAAUGAGGAAUUUGGGCCUGGCGUUCCCGCAGAGACUGAUAUCACAGAAACAACUGGACCACCAGGACGUUCUGGACUUCCAGGGGCUGAUGGCUUACCUGGACCCCCAGGUACCAUGUUAAUGUUACCAGUAAGUCUUACUUUGCUUUACAAAGGUUACAUUUUCAAGGGACAAAUAAGAAUUUCAAUGCAGGUCGUCCUGGUGCAGAUGGAGCGAGAGGAAUACCAGGGGAGACAGGUUCUAAGGGUGACAGAGGUUUUGAUGGACUUCCUGGACUACCAGGUGAAAAAGGACACAGGGGAAGUCCAGGCUCAUCUGGUAUCAAAGGUGACGGUGGAGAUCCAGGACCUCAGGGUCCACAAGGGGAACCAGGACCACAUGGACAGCAAGGUAUCCCAGGUCCACAGGGGCUCCCAGGCCCACAAGGUCCAAUUGGCGUUCCUGGUGAAAAAGGUCCUCAAGGCAAACCCGGUCUGGCGGGACUUCCUGGUACUGAUGGCCCUUCUGGCCCUGCCGGUCCUCAUGGGCCAGUCGGCUAUCCUGGUCCCCGUGGUGUCAAGGGUAAACUUGGUGUUCCCGGUUUGCCAGGAUAUCCAGGAAGACAAGGCCCUAAGGGUGAAGUUGGUGCUAUUGGUCCCCGAGGAGAAGAUGGCCCUGAAGGUCCCAAAGGGCGCGCAGGUCCCACAGGAGACUCAGGUGGCCCUGGCCAAGCUGGAGAAAAGGCUCCCUGUCAGCCCCAAAUGCGAAAGACAAAGAGAAAUUCUGAAAAAUGCGGGUAUGGGUGCCACACUGGACUCUAUUGAUGCUUUUAAAAAUCUUAUUGGGAAUCUUUCUGUCUAUGAUAACUGA